GAAAGGAAGCCUCUUUUGUCAGCUUUUGAUUCUUCAAACGAAGCUUCUUUUUCUCCAUCUCCGUCUUCCCCUUCGCCUUCACACAACUGUUUAGGGUUCCACAAGUUCUAUUCGGAUCAGAGCCUUUUGAAGCCAACCAUGUCUAGGCAAGUCACAAGGCUUCUCGGAUCUCUCUCAUCGAAUGCUCGCCGUUGCUCAAUCGGCUUCUCGGAGGUUUCUCCGUCAUGCCAGUCUCUCACUUCGUUGACCCAAUCUCGCUCCUUCGCGUCGGAUCCUCCCCCUCCUGCCGCCGUCUUCGUCGACAAAAACACCAGAGUCAUGUGUCAAGGCAUAACCGGAAAGAACGGGACUUUCCACACGGAGCAAGCCAUUGAGUACGGCACCAAAAUGGUGGCUGGAGUGACGCCAAAGAAGGGUGGAACAGAGCACUUAGGUCUCCCUGUUUUCAACUCUGUUGCUGAAGCCAAAGCUGAGACCAAGGCCAAUGCUUCUGUGAUUUACGUUCCUGCGCCUUUCGCUGCUACUGCCAUUAUGGAGGGUAUACAAGCUGAGCUGGAUCUUAUUGUGUGUAUUACCGAAGGAAUCCCUCAACAUGACAUGGUACGUGUAAAGCAUGCUCUUAACAGUCAGUCGAAAACUAGGCUGAUUGGUCCAAACUGCCCUGGGAUUAUCAAGCCUGGUGAAUGCAAGAUUGGGAUUAUGCCGGGUUACAUCCACAAGCCUGGCAAGAUUGGGAUUGUCUCUCGUUCUGGAACCUUGACAUAUGAAGCUGUUUUCCAAACAACUGCAGUUGGUCUAGGCCAAUCUACUUGUGUAGGAAUUGGUGGGGAUCCUUUCAACGGGACCAACUUUGUCGACUGCUUGGAGAAGUUCUUUGUUGAUCCUCAAACAGAAGGUAUUGUUCUCAUUGGAGAAAUCGGAGGCACUGCAGAAGAAGAUGCUGCUGCUUUGAUAAAGGCAAGUGGUACUCAGAAGCCUGUUGUUGCUUUUAUUGCUGGACUUACUGCACCACCCGGUCGUCGAAUGGGUCAUGCAGGAGCCAUUGUUUCCGGUGGCAAAGGUACGGCUCAGGACAAGAUUAAGAGUCUAAAUGAUGCUGGAGUGAAGGUUGUUGAGUCUCCUGCUAAGAUAGGAAGUGCCAUGUAUGAUCUCUUUAAAGAAAGAGGUCUUCUGAAGGAGUGAAGUGAACUUCACCAGCUCACGUUAUUUUCCUUCAUCUUGAAAACCUUCAAGAAAGAAAAACUAAACCUCACACUCUCUUUUGGGGGUUGUUUUUCUAAAUCAAUAUUUUUUUUCCAAUUAAAGAGUGAUAAUCAAAAUAUUUGAAAAAAUGAGAAGAUUUACGAUUUUUGUUCGUUCAUAUGUUGGACUGAAUAAAUCCAGUUUGCUUGAAACU